AUGUAUAGAGGUCCCCAUGGCAGAAGAAAGACCGUCAGUAUCUUCGUCUUGGGUGAUCUUGGGCACUCACCAAGAAUGUGUUACCAUGCCCUUCUGUUUUCGAAGCUUGACUAUAAUGUGAACCUUUGUGGGUACUUAGAAAGUGAGCCACCUAUGGCUGUGGUUGAAGAUAUCAAUAUUGAUAUACGCCCUAUUAGACCCAUCAAGAACAACUUCCAUUUGCCUUACUUGUUAUUUGCAGCGGAGAAGAUCAUUCUUCAGCUCUAUCAGUUAGCGCGUCUCCUUCUAGAUAUGAGGGGGUCGGAAUUCUAUUUUAUACAAAACCCUCCUUCGCUUCCGCUUCUACUUGUGCUAGUGAUCUUUAUAAAGCUCUUUAGCAGAGACUCCAAAUUGGUGAUUGACUGGCACAAUCUCAAUUACACUAUCCUCAAUUUAAAAUACAAAAACACGAGGCAUCCUUUGGUGAGAUUUCUUCGGUUGUAUGAGAAAUACUGUGGCAGGUUUGCCUGGCUAAAUGUGACUGUCACUCACGCAUUGAAACGCUUCCUUAUAGAGGAUUUCGGGUAUGAACCUUCCUCAAUUACGACAUUACACGAUAGGCCUGCCUCGCAGUUUCAGCCUUUUGAAGAUUCGGGACUUUCAAGAGAGAAGAUCUUAAAAAGUCAUCAUCUUUUUGAAGUCAUUGAUGAUAUUGGUCAGUACAAGAUUGUGGUGAGUUCAACCUCAUUCACUCCAGAUGAGGACUUCGGGAUUUUGCUAGAUGCUCUUAAGGAAUACCACGAGUCUGAAGCCAGUCGCAAAACGCCACUUUUCGUGCUUGUGACUGGCAAGGGACCUCUCAAGGAACAAUUUACAGCAAGAGUACAGGAUCUUGAGUUCCUGAAAAGAGUCAUCAUUAAGACAGUGUGGCUCUCUGCUGAAGACUACCCUAUAAUCUUAUCGAUUGCUGAUUUGGCAAUAUCGCUACAUACUUCGCUGAGCGGAUUGGAUUUACCGAUGAAAAUUGUCGAUUUCUUUGGUGUCGGUGUUCCUGUCAUAUCUCUUUCGUUCCCUGCAAUUGGUGAGCUUGUUCGUAAUGGUGUAAAUGGGCUUCUUAUCGAGAAUAAGGACGGCGUGAAAGAGAGUGACGAGCUUUGUCGUUUACUCACAGAGGUCCUAUCCAACGAAGGGGAGUUGGAGAGGAUCAGGAAAGGUGCACUAGAAGAGAGCAAAAAGAGAUGGGAUGCAAACUGGACUAGAAAACUAGGCCCUAAAUUUCCUGAAAAUUCUUAA